UUGUGGAAACGUGUGGGAAACAUUUCGAGGAAACUUCCUCGGCACCUUUGCUUUAAUUAGUGAUUUGAGAAUCCAAUGAACUCUGCCUCUUUCUUCUUCAAAGUCCAGAAACUCUUUCACUGUCUCUCUUGUUAUCUCACAGCUUUCAAUGGUGAUCAUUCAAGAAGCCUCUUCUUCUUCUUCUUCUUACUCCACCCAUCCAUGGAAAUACCAUGUCUUUUUGAGUUUUAGAGGUGAGGAUACCCGCAACAAUUUCACAGGCCAUUUGUGCAGCGCUUUGCGUCAGAAUGGAAUCACCACCUUCAUGGAUGAUCAGCUCAGAAGAGGAGAAGAAAUAUCAACAGCACUUCUCCAAGCAAUUGAACAGUCCAAGAUUUCAAUCAUUGUGUUCUCUAUAAACUAUGCAUCCUCCAAGUGGUGUUUGGAUGAACUUGUCAAGAUCCUCGAGUGCAAGAAAUCAAAUCAACAAGAGGUUCGACCAGUUUUCUACAAAGUCAAUCCCUCGGAUAUACGAAAUCACAGAGGUAGCUUUGCGGAGGCACUUGCUAAUCAUGAAUGCAGAUUCAAAGAUAACCCGGACAAGGUUCAGAAAUGGAAGGAUGCUCUCUCAGAAGCAGCACAUUUGUCAGGGUGGCCUCUUAUGGAUGAGAAUUGCUCUGAAUCCAGUGUUAUUCAUGAAAUUGUUAAAGAGAUUUCAGAGCAAGUUAUAAACAGUACAUAUAUGUAUGUGGCCAAGUACCCGGUUGGAAUAAAACCUCGGGUGCAAGAGAUCCAUAAGCUUUUAGGUGUUGAGGGAAGAGACAUUCAUAUGGUAGGGAUAUGGGGGGCUGGUGGAAUGGGUAAGACAACAAUUGCCAGAGCUGUCUAUAACUCAAUUGCUCAUAAAUUUGAUGGGAGUUGUUUUUUGGAAAAUGUUAGAGAAAAUUCAAUGGGUGCCAAAGGCUUUGUCAAACUACAAAAGAAACUUCUUUGUGAGAUUCUAAAGGGAACAAAUUUGAAGGUGGCCAAUGAAGCUAGAGGAAUCACUAUGAUCAAGGAAAUGUUGCAAUAUAAAAGUGUUCUCUUAGUGCUUGAUGAUGUGAAUGAUAUUGAUCAGCUAAACAACUUAGCUGGUGAAUGUAGUUGGUUUGGUAUGGGUAGUAGAAUCAUCAUAACAACCAGGGAUAAACAAUUGCUGACAGGUCAUAAUGUUAAUCUAAUAUAUAAGGUCCAAGAAUUGGCUCAUCAUGAAGCUCUCGAGCUUUUUAGUCGAAAUGCCUUCAAAGGAAACAGACCUUUGGAUGGUUUUGCGGAACUUACACAACGUGCUAUACGCUAUGCUCAAGGCCUUCCAUUAGCUUUGACUGUUCUAGGAUCUUCUCUAUGUGGUGGAAAUGUAGAGAAAUGGGAAGCUGCAUUAGAUGGUUUCAAAAGCAGCAAAAUUCAAGAUGUUUUAAAAAUAAGCUACAGUGGAUUGGAUCAGAGAGUGAAGGAAGCUUUUCUUGACAUUGCAUGUUUCUUUAAAGGUGAAAAUAGAGAACACGUGAUAAAAAUAAUAGAAGCUUGUGGCAGCAAAAAGCAUGAUAUUGAUGUGCUCAUAGACAAGGCCCUCAUCAGUAUUAGAGACAUGGAUUGCAUUUGGAUGCAUGACUUGCUAGAAGAAUUGGGUAGAGAGAUAGUUCGCGAAGAGUCGCCCAAUGACCCUGGAAAGCGUAGCAGGCUGUGGUUUCAUAAAGAUGUUUACCAUGUUCUAACAGAGAAUACUGGAACAGCCAAUGUUAUAGGCAUCAAGGUGGAGCUGACCAAAGAUUCAGAUGUGAUAUGUUUAAGUGGGACCACUUUCUCCAACAUGCGAAAUCUUAGACUUUUCAUACACCGUGCUGGAUGCUAUUCUGGCGCUAUUGAUAGUCUGCCAAAUAGCUUGAGGGUAGUUGAUUGGCCUAAAUAUCCCUUACAAUUUUGGCCAUCCAAUUUAAUUCCAAGAGAACUUGCUCUAAUCAAUAUGCCUCGCAGUCGCAUCAAAGUAAUGGGAGAUAGAUACAAGCAUCUGAUAAAUCUGACAUCAAUAAAUCUAUGUGGUUGUCAGUACCUAAAGAAAGUGUCAGACUUGUCGGGAAGCCCAAACUUACAAUGUUUGGAUCUAGAUUACUGCAGAAGUUUAGUUGAAGUGCAUCCUUCCGUUGGAUUCCUCGAUAAACUUGAGUAUUUGAGUCUAUUCAACUGCUCUAGGCUUGAGACUUUUCCCACGGAAGUUAGCUGGAAAUCCACGAGGACGCUUCGGCUUUUCGGGUGUGAAAGGCUUGAGAAUUUCAUAAAAAUUGUGCACAAGAUGGAGUCCAUUAAAACAUUGGAUCUAAGGGAAAGUGGCAUAAAAGAACUGCAGUCAUGGAUUGGAUGUUGCAUUUCCUUGGAAGUUUUGAACUUGCAUGAAAGUUCAAUCAAACAACUGCCCUUAACGAUUGGAAAUCUUACUUCUUUAAGAGAAUUGUACCUGUGUAGAACUCCCUUUAAGGAAUUGCCUUCAUCGAUUGGGUAUUGCACUUCCUUGAAGAUAUUGGACGCGUCUAAAACUCCCAUUGAAGAACUGCCUUUGUCAAUUGGGGAUCUCACGUCCUUGGAGAGAUUGAACGUUUCUAAAACUUCCAUCAGAGAACUGCCUUCUUCAAUUGGGAAUCUCACUUCCUUGCGGAUAUUGGAUGCUUCUAAAACUUCCAUCAGAGAACUGCCUUCUUCAAUUGGGAAUCUCACGUCCUUGGUGGAAUUGGACGCUUCUAAAACUUGUAGUAAAUAUGCACCUUUUACCCAGAACCUUGUUUCUCUUUAUAGGCUUAUGACUGUGCAAACAAUAAUAGGAUGAUGAUGCAAAAUAUCACAGCAAGAACAUAAGGAAACCACAGCACACACGAACACAGAAUUUUAUAGAGGUUCGACAAAAACUUUGCCUACGUCCUCUGUGUGAUCUCUCUUGAGAAUCACUAGCACUAUGGAGAAUAACAACUUGAUUACAAGUACUUAUUGAAAUCCCUAUGCUAAUCCCCAACCCCUUUGCUAGAUCUCUCUAUCACCCUUGGCUCUACCUGCCCCUGUGUUUAUAUGUAGCUGAGAACUCUCUGAGAUCUCUCUUUGAUCUCUUCUCUGAUCUGAGGACACCUUAUGUGACCUCCUGCAGCCCUAUGUAUAGAUUGUAGGUGCUGGUUACAAACAUGUCACAUUAGGAUUCCUAAAACUAUUAGAACAAGGAAAGAGAGCUAGCUUUUCUAUUCCUAACUAGAAUAGAACUUACUUUCCAGGUCUAAAUCAAUAGGAAUAACUGUUCCUAUUCCAAAACCCAUUAGGAUAAUCCUAAUCAACUUGGACAUAUCAACGAGCCAAAUUCACAACAAUCUCCACCUUGGUGAGUUGAUACCAAACUGAUUGCUGCAACCUCCAGGAUAUCUUGUACUUCUCGAAGUAAUCCUGAAACCUUCAAGAACCUUCACCUUGGCAAGACUCUU